GCCAGUAAACUCGCUCAGAAUACAAGGAAAUGGUUAAGAUUGAAGCCAGUAAACUCGCUAAGAAGCAUCCACGUGUCUUGCAGAUGGAAUGAGCUACUAGGACGGUGGUUGACUGGUACUUUCAUUCCGGCAGAAAUAUUAAAAGUACAAGAGUUUGUGUUCUGUGAUGUUUACCAAGGCUUCAUGCGUAUCUUGUCCAACCCUAAACACUAUGGCAUCAAGGAAACAAGAGGAGCAUGUUGUGGAAUAGGGUGGCAUGGAGCAGCAUCGGGGUGCGACACCAUGGAGAUGGUUUGCAACCAAAGUACAGCUCAUGUAAUCCUUCUAAGGCCGUCAAUUAUCUGCUGGCCGACUCUGCCUGGUUCGGUCAUCCAUUGGGUGACAUCUUUCAUCCCUUGAGCGUCCGAGCACUGGUGAACAUAGCUUCAGCAGCAGCAGCAGCAGCAGCAGGUGUUCUGGCAACAACAGUUAUCGAUUACAAGCUAGAAGCAGCAGCAGCAGUUCUGGCAGAAGUAGAAAGCAGCAAUUCUGGCAGCAGCCAGUUGAAACAAGAACAAAACCAAGCCAGCCUAAAGAGUGUUUAUUUUCACCAGUUGCUGGACUUUCUUGAAGUUCUCUGCCUUAACUGUGACUAUCACCGUUGGAUAGAGAUAUUUACUUAAACUUUUAUGUUUAAAGUGUAGUUAGGUUAUCAACAUGUUGGUUGAUCUAUGGUGAAUUUGCCUUUUAUUGGGUUGUAAACUGUUUUGACAGGUAUAUAUUAAUGUAUUAUAACAUUCCCGGUAUUGGGGAGGGUCAAAUUACAAAGGAAAUAUUGUCAAAAUUUUCACCUAGUUUACUUUUAUUUUUAUGCUCUGAAUAUACUAGUACUGAAAGCUGCUUAUUUUAUUUAAUCUAUGGAUUAAAUAAAAUCAGCAGCUCAUUUUUUUUAGAAUAUCCAAAAGUCAUUUGCGUCGCACUUUAGCUAAUCUGCGACGCAAAUGACAUUUUUUUUAACAUAUUGAAAAGUCAUUUGCG